AUGUGCACAGGGGUACUUGCGUUCUGAAACAAUUUAGGUAACAUCUUAGAUAGCAGGGGAUAGAUUAUUCUUCCCAUCGCUUGAAUCAUCAGAUCAGAUUAGAAUCAUUAGCGAAGCAAUGAAAAUGGUCUAAGAUGCAAUUACGACUAAGAUGGAAGAGGUGAAACAGGGGAAACAGGGGAUAGGCAAAAGGUCAAUAACCAUUGCCCAAACAGGAAUUCCCCUCUAGUAAACCUUACGGGACUGACUAAUCCCAGCAUUACAUCAGUAUGACUAUCAUGAAACCUGAAAUCUUCAAUGUCCGAGUACAUGAUCUCGACUGUCCACAAAUGAAAUUGUAAACCAAGAAUUCCAGCCGCGCGACCUGUUUAAGAGAUCUCGACUGCUUCAGUUUCGAUCAGCAUUCACUGUCCUCACCCCAAAAGCAACAAUGGAAGCCUCAGUCCGGAUACUAUUCAAUUCCUCCGCUCGCCAUCUUCCCAGCUCCCUUUUCCCUCUCCAAAAGCCGCUCCCUCUAAAGCCCUUUUCCACACUGUUUCCCUCUCCUCCUCCUUACUGUCGUCAUCAUCAUCAUCGCCCAAUUCCAACUCGCCACUCCAUUAUUUUCUCAAACGCCCACAUUCCCCACCACCCCUCAACAACCCCAUUUGGCUUUUCCCAUUCCCUCAAUUCGCCACAGUUUCUCCUCAGCUCAUUCUUCUCCACCUCAACCUUCUUCCGCAUUUUCUCUGACCAAAAAGCUAAAUCUUUCCACUGGAAUUACGCUCCUGAUGGAAUUCACCCAAGAGAAAAUGGGGUCAUCGGGGAUAAAGGGCCAAUCUUUGCUGCAGUUUUGUUGGGAUGGCUUGGGUCGAAGCCAAAGCAUCUGAGGAGGUACGUGGAGUUGUAUAAUUCGAGUGGUAUUCAUGCUGUUACCUUUGUUGCUUCUGUAAAAGAUGUGCUUUCGUUUGAUUUGGGGAAGAAUUUAGAAGAACGGAUUUCUGGGUUGGCAGUUGAGCUGGCUUCUUGGCUGGCUCAAUCAGAAAAAGAUGGUCGUGAAAGAUUCUUGAUUUUUCAUACCUUCAGCAACACUGGUUGGCUUGCGUAGGUUGAGUCUUUCUUUUUUGCAGACAUUUUUGCAGCCCUUAAUUCAUGACAACUUUUGCAGACCGUCUUUAAUCUCUAGAAAGUGGACGGCUGAACAAGAUGAAAUCUUGACCGAAUACAUGAUCUGAAACCUGAAGAAUAAUGGGAAGAGCCCCUUGCUGUGAGAAAGUGGGUAUAAAGAGAGGGAGGUGGACGGCUGAAGAAGA